UCAGUAUGUCAGUAUCAAACUGUCAAUAUAUGCAUUUUUUCGUUAAUUAUCGAAAAUACGAUAAAGUAAAACAAAUAAUUUGAUAUUUUUUAUAAAACUUAUUAUGAUGUUAAAUUGUGCGGCAUAUUUUUAUAAAUACUCGUCUCAGAAUGAAGUCUUUGUAUUUGUGUUUAUUUUCAAGUGAAAACAUGGUUUGACAUUUGAAUUGCAUUGCAAGUGCAUAGUGAAUAUUAAUUAUAUCUGUGACUACAUAGAGAAUCAUAACUCACACAAGAAUAUAGUACCAGUGACCCGGGGGUAGUUGGCCUCGGUGGAUAUUGCCGUGGCAACGGGGAGCUCCCCCAGACCCUGCCUACACCCUCCACGGGGGGGUCGUAUAGAGAAUCGAUAGUGCUAGCCCUAGCAAGCCUAGAUGCACUUCGUCCGUGGUCGUAGCAACAAGUAAAGUAAUAUAUUCAUUGGGCGUUGUUAUAAUUUUAUUAAAUCCAGUUUGUCCAAUUUAUUCUUAUUAGUGCUAAUAAGUAUUAAUUGAUAUAGUGUAUGUACAAUAGUGAUAUGGCAGAAAAUCAGCAAAUAAUGCAACCAGAAGAUGUAGCUUCUACAAGUUCCGGGUUGACAACUGUCACCCCACAACAGCAAGCGGAGACUGUGGAACCACCGGCGGUAUUGACAUUGCAGCCAAAACGUGAUCAUCCUCGCAAGAAAGUUGGCUGGUCCGAGGACACCAUUGACAACGAGAACAUGACCAAGAAGAAAUCGAAAUGUUGCUGUAUUUUUCAAAGGCACAAACAGAAAUUUGAAGAUACAGACUCCGAGUCCAGUGAAGCCGAGUGCGAACACUGUCUUAAACAUGUGGAGCGUCGGAAGAAGAAUCGCCGAAGGGCUAAUAGAAAUAGAGAAAUACAGCAAAUAACAUCGACCGAACAGGAUUCAGAGCUAGCGUCACCCGAUGCGUCGACGUCAACAUCGGUGUCGCCGGAUGUGUCUGCGUCAGCAUCAACAUCAGUGUCGCCCGAUGUGUCAGCGUCAGUGUCAGUGUCUCCUGAUGCAUCGGCGUCGGUGUCAGUAUCGCCUGAUGCAUCGGCAUCGGCGUCAGUGUCGCCUGAUGCUUCAGCCUCUGCGUCAACUUCGGAUUCACCCGAUGCGUCACCCGAGCGGCCGUUAACAAUUCUGUUGCACGCAGGGGAGCCGCCGGAGAAGCAGCAUUCGCCUAUUUAACUCUUACAACUCUUAAAAUCCAUGGUUUCUAUGUCUGUCGGGCGAAAGGGCAAAAGAAAGUCACAUUACGAUUAUCAUAGGCGCAAAACAACAACUAAUCCUGGGACCAAGACAAUU